UUUGAAUAUGGAUAAAUAUAGCAAUUUCUUACCUUCUACUGAUUACCUUUCAGUACUUGCUAAAGGACAUAUCCCAGAAAAUACAUGGUUAGACGUUAAAUAUAAUGAACUUUUAGAAAAUCAAAGUAAAGAAAUGAUUGAACUUCAAGUCUUCCAAUUCUUAUAUGGCAUAACAACUAAGAAAGGCAAACCUUAUUUGAAUGAGUUCUCUAGUUUAUAUGAACAGUUUGACGACUUGCUUAAAGAUAUAAAAAAGAAAGGAGUUAGUGAAUCUAAAUCUACUGAUGGAUUAACAACAGAAGAAAUUUGGCAUAUUUUAGAUCAUGAAGUUCUGAAUCCUAAUACUCCUUUAGGGUUGUUAAAACAGGGUUUUUUCUGGAUUUCCAUUCUAGGUGCAACUAGAGGCAGUAAACAUGUUAAUUUGCAUGUUUCACAAAUUAUAGAUAUGCCAGACAAUAUUAUUUUAAAGAAAACCCAACAGAAAAAUGAUUAA